CAGCCAUACCGAAACACCAACUAAUUUCACAACCGUUGGAAAAGGCAUUUUUUGGCGAAAUAAAAGGGAGUACGGAUUGCAAGACAGUUGCAAUUCCUUUACCAUAAACUGCGCCUCGUCAGCGCUAUAAAUUGCAGUUGUCCUUUACUGGGGACACAUCUAAUACGCCUGCAAUCCGUUGCUGGUCGGGAGUUGGGCUGAAGGUUGUUUGUUUGUUGGCUCGCAUACUGCCACAAUUACCACCGGCUUAGAUAUUGACUUUGCCAAGCCAAGUGCCAAAAGAAUGUCGUCGCCAUGGGCCAAAAACAACGAACCAGUACAGACUGUGAAUUUGUCAGACAUAAUGUCGGAGCAGUAUGCUCACAAGCUGCACGACAAAGAGCUGCAGCGGCACACGGAGAAGUUGAAAAAGUCAGAGCAUGAGAUUGCCUCUAUUUGGGAGGCGGAAGCCGCAUCUUCCCCACCUGCAAGCUACUCGGAUGUUGCAGGCUGCUCAUUAAGGAAUCAAAGCGAUAACGAGGAAUGGGAGGAUUACUCGGCUCUGCUUACCGAAGGAGGAAUUCCGCCAGAGGACAUAAAGCUGCCGGAGGACAGUGAUGCAGUCAUUGCCCAAAUGCUGCAGUCCCAGUUCGAUCAUGAGUACAAUGAGGAACUGCGUCGCAUUGAGCGGCAGCAGAAUAAGCAAUCUAAGGUCACGGUUACCCUCAACAAGUUCCUACGUGAUGGCGAUGCCGAAUUCCUGCACGACACGGCAGAGGAUGACUACGAGGAAGAUGAGCAGGAGCAGUUGAAGCGCGACUGGGAUCGGUUUGAGGACAACGAACGACAGUUGGACUCCAUUCCGCGCUGUGGUUUCAAAGUUAACAAGGAGGGCGAAAUGAUCACCAAGCACGAUCCGCAGUUGUGCGCUGUGCGCAAUGCCCAACGAGUUAUGUCCUUUCCGCCGGAGUUUCCCACUGGCGACGCCGCCGGUUUCGAUAUGAAGCUCUCGAACAAGGUCUUCAACCAACUGAGGGCCCACUCGCGUCGUGGUCGUUCCGAUAAACAUGAAAAAGUGGCUACCGCGGAGAUGGGAUUGGAUGCCAGCACUCGGCUGCUUCUGUACAAGCUUAUUAAUAACCAAAUACUCGAGCAGAUCAACGGCAUUAUUUCCACUGGCAAGGAAGCAGUCAUACUGCACGCCAACUCCGAUGCAAAUUAUACGGGCAGCAAUGAGCAUGGUCACCAGAGUGGAGUGCUGAUGCCCGCGCAUUUACUACCCCGGGAGUGCGCCAUCAAGAUUUUUAAAACCACGCUCAAUGAAUUCAAGCAGCGCGAUCGGUACAUCAAGGAUGAUUAUCGUUUUAAGGAUCGGUUUAGCAAGCAGAAUCACCGGGUGAUUAUCAACAUGUGGGCGGAGAAGGAGAUGCACAACCUGAUGAGGAUGCAGGCCAUCGGUUUGAAUGUUCCCGAUGUGGUAGUGCUGAAGAAGCACGUGCUGGUCAUGCGGUUUAUUGGCGACAAUCACAAUGCAGCGCCUAAGCUAAAGGAUGCUCGGCUGAGUACAGCAGAACUGAGUUGUGCCUACGAAGAGAUCGUGGCCGCCAUGCACAAGUUGUACAACGAAGCGAAGUUGGUGCAUGCCGAUAUGAGCGAGUAUAAUAUUCUGUGGUACGAGGGCAAGUGCUGGUUUAUUGAUGUGGCCCAGAGUGUCGAGCCAAAGCAUCCCAGUGCUCUGGAAUUUUUGAUGAGGGAUUGCGGAAACAUCGUUAACUUCUUUGAGCGACGCGGGUUGCCCAACAUCUACACCAAGGAGCAGCUUUUCGAGUUCAUUUCGGGUCUCAAUGCAGAGGUCCACAAUGCCGCCCAGUUAGAGAAGAUCCACACGCGUGGUGCUUCUAUUCAUCAGGCCACUGCUCCCAAUCAGGAGGAGUGCCCCGACGCACUGAAGCCUUUGGAGUAUCCCUUUGAAUUGGCCUGGGAAAAGUCUCAGCAAGACCGCGAAGCGAGGAAGGCUCUCGAGCGAACUCAAGAUGAUAACGAUAACGAAACCGACACGGAUAAGGACCAGGAUAGCGAUGGCAAUGAGAACGAUAACGACGACAAGGAAAAAGUAAAAAAAACUGCCAAAAAUUAAAACUUUAAAAGCAUAGCGCCAUUUUUAGUUUAGUUUAUAAUUGAUAUUAACAGUUUGGUCGCAGUGAUUCUUGUUGAAUUUCUAAAAUUCCAAAGGACAAAAUAAGACGCUUAUAGUCGAGGUUAUGGGCUAUAAAAAAUCCUUCGAAAUAAUAAAGCAGUUUAAUUUUCCACCUAAA